GAAUAAGACAGAGUCAACCCAAUAAUAGAAAUCAACUGUGAUUGAAAACUUUUUACUUGGACGGUAGCAGGCAUCUAAAGAAAACAGAAACUAUAAGAGAUAGGAAUUUAACCAAAUGUGCUGAACUAUGAGAGUAACCGAGGUUUAAAAAUACUGAAAUAAGUCAAAAUUAAAAAUGAAAGGCAUCAUAAGGGCAAAACCCCAAUAUACAUAAAGGCAAAAUCCCAAAAUCCCACUGAAAAACAGCUCACUUUUUACCCCCCUUGGCAGCUGACCUGGUGACUUGGCACCAGAUGGAUCCUUCUUCUCAACAUUCUUUGAUGACACCAACAGCCAGAGGCUGUCGCAUGUCUCUCACAGCAAAUCUUCCAAGAGGUGGGUACUCAGAGAAAGUCUCCACAACCAUGGGCUUGGUGGGAAUCAUCUUUACCAUUCCUGCAUCACCAUUCUUCAAGAACUUGGGCUACUUCUCAAGCUCCUUGCCAGAUCGUCUGUCAAUCUUACUCAGGAGCUCAGCAAAUUUGACGGCAAUGUGGGAGGUAUGGCAAUCGAGCAUUGGAGCAUAUCCAUUUCCAAUCUGCCCAGGGUGGUUCAUGAUGAUGACCUGAGAGGUGAAGCUGGCAACUUCCUUGGCAGGAUCAUCCUUGCAGUUGGAAGCAAAUUAGCCACGUUUCAGAUACUUAACAGCAACAUUCUUCACAUUGAACCCAACAUUGUCACCAGGGAGAGCCGCUUGGAGCACUUCUUGUUGCAUCUAAACAGACUUAACUUCAGUGGUGAGACCAGAAGGACCAAAGGUCACAACCAUACCUGGCUUAAGGAUACCAGUUUCAACACGACUGACUGGGACAGUUCCAAUGCCACGAAUCUUGUAGACCUCCUGAAGGGGAAGACGGAGUGGCUUGUCAGAGGGCCUUUUGGGCUCCUGCAUCAUGUCCAGAGCCUCAAGGAGGGUAGGACCCUUGUACCAGUCAAGGUUUGGUAGACCUCUCAAUCAUGUUGUCACCCUCAAAACCAGAAAUGGGGACAAAUGGGAUCUUCUCAGGAUCGUAACCGACUUUCUUCAGAUAGGAAGAGACUUCCUUCACAAUUUCAUCGUACCUAGCCUUGGGAGUAUUUUGGAGUUGUAGCAUCCAUCCAAAAACAAGGGAUAACAAAUAUUUCAGGCAAUA